AUGCGGGCCGAACGAACCAACCACACAGCAUCGGCCCCCCGGGGCCUCGCGAGUAAUAAUCAAGAAGAGCUGCACCCUCCCGCAACCAGGCGCCCCGGGACGCCCAGUGCAGCAAUACCACCCUCGGCCACCCUCAACAGCGCCACACACGCGCAACGACAGAUCCCCCAAAUGUGGUCCUCCCCCGCCAUCACUAGACGCAGCAAGGGGACCAGGCCCACGAGCGACGGUCCCCACGGCGACCCCCAAUACACCCCACCUCGACCCUUCCGCAACCCGUCUCAGCACCCGCACACUCGGUCAUCCCCCCCCCUUCGGGCUCCCCAUCAACCCCCAGCGACACCGACAGACUUCGCAGCUACGGAGCGCAUCGAGAACCUGUAUCGCAAACCCCCCUCCUCCUCCCCCCGCCAUCUCAGCCGCCGCCUGGCAACUCCCAGAAAAGCCCAACCCAGACGGCAGGCAGAAGACGCCCAGUCAGCGACCAUCCGUCAAGCCAGGCAACAAAACGGCGACCCUCACCGACACCCCCCCCCCUUCUAUCCCCCCCUCAGACUCCUUUCCAAGACAAAGUCCCACGGCCCCACGACCCCAUCCUCCGCUCCUUUCCUUUGCUCCAAGCCACACAGACAACUCGUACGAUUCUCUCCCCGCACACUCUACUUAGUCCCGCACCUCACCCCUCUACUCCGAUCCCCCCCCCAACCUCAGUCCUCCCCAACCGAUAAGGACCCCCGGAAGGACACAGCGGCACAUAACAGGGACCAAGCACCAGACACGUCUGCCAUCCCUGAGGCCGUCGCGGGCAGCAUGAGGCCACCCCUCCCAUGGACCCCAGCAAAAGAGGUUGAGCCCCACCGACAACCCCGGGCGGGCGUUACGGCGCCGCCCAAGCAGGCCACGAGGCCCCCGCAAAGCAGAAUAGAAUCCGCACGCACACGAAACCGCGCCCAUACGACAAAUCCAGCCGCCACCCGGACCGUACUCGACACAGGAGGCGCCGCCCACGUGGAUGAGAACAGUCCCCCCCAUACACCCCCCUCGCUUAAUCGGCGAACCACUCCACUACACUACACAGAUAUCCAUCCCAACGUCACAACGACAUCCCGCCUCCCGCCUCUCAUCCCCGCAAACCCCCCACCCACCAACUUCCCUCUCGCAGACCACCCCCCUCAGAUCGCCCGUCUGUCCAUCGAACAGCCCGAAAUCCGCACACCCCUCACACAAAAUAAAUCCCGGAAAGAAACUCUCCCCAUACUGCGGCCAAACAACCCGAACCCACCCUAG